AUGUCAUCGACGCACUCGACCCAGGCUGGCUUCUUGCCUCCUUUCGAACUACGCAGGUUGAUCCGGCCGGUCUUCGCCCCUGAUCGAAAUCCAACCGAUGAUCGAUCCCAGCCACCCCAGCAAGGACCGUCGAAGAACCCGGUAAUACGCUCCGUCGAUGGGCAUGGCCAGUUGCUCUGGGUCGGCUCGAACGAUGGCCGCGUGAAAGGAUUAGACAUCAAGGCCCAUCCAGCCCCCAGUCGGUUCGCUCACACUCGUGUGGCUUCAGAUACUGCCCGGCUAACCGACGCUGUCAACCCCCAACCGCGUCCCCACUCAGUCUCUGGAAGACUAUCCAAGCCUUCUAGUCCUCGACAACCAGAAAGUGGAUUCCCGUCCCAAGAGGAUAUCAUCGACACAAGUUGUUUUCAGGACUGUCAGGUGUUCCCGGCUACCGAUAAGUCGAAACUUAAAGCCGUUGAAAAACUUAUCCUGGUGCCAAUGGUAGGCUUGGCCAUCAUUUUAUCAGAGGGAACUGUCACCUUUCAUUCGAUCACCGACCUUCAGCCGUGUCCAUCCUCAUCAUUCCCCUUCAUCAGAGGCGUUUCAGCUGUUACGCUGGAUGAACACACAUAUAAUCAGAAUAAUAUACAAUCAUCAAAUCAACCCGAUGAUGUACUCAUGUGUGUGAUCAAGAAGAAGAGCAUAUUCCUUUACCUCUUGAGUAUGAAUGGCGUUCAGCAAGUACACGAAGUGGCUUUUGCCUCGGCAACUUUCCAGUGUCUCCUCCGAGGAUCGACAUUACUACUCUCAGAUAUCGAACAGUACUACCUCAUAUCAUUGGAAGAUCAGCCCCCACAAGUCAUGCCUCUCCUACCUAUUUCUCAAAGCUCAGUACCGGUCCCUGAUGACCCAACCGUCACAUCCUCUCAGGCGACCCGCCAUCGUCCUUCGAUGGCAGCCAUCCCAAAUUCUCAAGAGUUCUUGCUUGCCUCACACACAGGCUCAACUUGUCUUGGUAUCUUUGUCUCCUCAUCGGGUGACCCCUCGAGGGGAACCUUGGAGUGGCCAUCAAACCCGCGUAGUGUAGCAGUAGAUUUGAACCACGUACUGGCUCUACUUUUCAAUGGCACCAUCGAAAUACAUCUACUCGCGACCCAAGAACUUGUUCAUGUCAUCUCACUCCCCGACGGCCUGGAUCCCCGAUCACUCGCAUCUGCUAAAUUCGGAAUCUCCCUUCCCGGCGAAUCACAUACUUCUCAACUGAAUACUGUCCCAUUUUCUUUGGAGGCUCGUCCGUUGCCCAGCUGCUCUCCCAGUUCACUCAAAGCCAAAAGUCCAACCCGUGAAGCAUGUCUGACAGCGGGCACUCACUCCCGUAUACUGUUGGUUGGUCGUGACGCACUAUACGCGUUGGCGACUCGCACCUUCUUAGCAGAAUUGGAGACAUUAAUCAGGCAAAAUAGAUGGGACGACGCGCUUCUUUUUGCCGGUCGGUCAUCAGAUUCUUUACAGAGGGCUACAUCCUCGACACCCUCCCCGACACGACGAUCUCAAACACGACGGUCCGAACUAGACAGUUCGGGACAAGUCACUCAGUUACAUUACAUCUACCAAAAGAUCUCCUUACAUUAUCUGGUCGAGUGUCGGUUUGAAGAGGCUGGAAAUCUCUGGUUCCAGGGAAAUGGAGACCCCCGUAUUUUCAUCCGAUUGUUCCCACUCUUGGUUGCCAAUAAUCUUUGCAAAACCGACACUUUGAAGAUCUUCAGCGGGCUGGAAGAAAUGGUCCGGGAUGUAAAAAGUGCUGAAGAACUGAUUACAAUUAAUCUAGUUCGAAAUUAUUCGCCCCACAUCAAGCCUGAUGUCGAUACUGCCCUUCCGACGGUCGAUCUCAAGGCGCAGUUGCAGGAAAGAGCCCGCCAAGUCUUGCUCCGCUAUCUAAAACGGUGGAGGAGAGAUAGGCUUUUAAAGGGCGGAGCGUCGGAUUCGAAUCGGCACCUUGAUUCGAUCAUCGAUACCGCCCUCGUCCAGCUCUUGUCCGAGCGUCGUCAAGUCGACCCUGAAGCUUAUCAAACUCUCAGGCAGAUCCUCGAACGGCCUAACUCUUGCGUCUUUGCUGAAAUCGAACCCGUCUUGCUCGAAAACAAAUGCUUUUGUAUUCUCGCUGAAAUUUACUUGAAGCGUCAGAAUUUUUCCGAAGCUUUUGAUAUCUGGGCCAAACUUCAUGACAAAGUUUAUGAGGAUGAAGACUUUCUUUAUGACCUUAACCGAAUGGCCUCAGUUCUCCUACAAUGUGAACAAGUGGAUUUUGUUAUAAAGUAUGCGAUAUGGAUGGCAUCUCUCGACCGGCACUUGGCAGUCAAGAUCCUAGUUGAAGCCAAAGUUGCUCAUGAGCUUAAUGUGGACGCGACUUUUGAGAGUUUACGUGAAGUCAGUCAAGAAGCCGCCGAGUUGUAUUUGGAGGAAGCCAUUUUGCGUGAUGAAUGUCGAGAAGGGGUAAAUGGGAAACGGAAGAGCGAUGGUUUGUUGGACGGGCAGGCUGCUGAUCGUCUAGUGAACCUCCGUACCAAACUCAUCUUAGGAUACUUGGACAAGCUGAAGGGGUUGUUGCGUAUCAGUGCUGAAGAAGGGCCGUCGCCCACGAUCCUUUUCUUCAGGAAUCUGGUUGACGAGUUCAUGAAGAAUGCUGAGGAUCCAGAGCCCAAGCAUCAAUCCUUCGUCGAUUUUCUUUUGCAGGCCUCGCCUCCCGAUGGUCCCGAUCAUCAGACGUCUUCGCAGCUCUCGGACGCGCUCACAACGCGUGCCAAACUCUUGGUUUGUCUAGACCAGUCAGACUCUAAUGAUCGAGCAAAUUAUGACGCCCAACAAAUCCGGUCGAUCAUCGAGGAUAUUGGUGGGUCCGCAGAGCUACUAGCCGUCGAACGUGCAAUGGUUUAUUCCAAAAUCGGCUUACAUCGCCCGGCACUCUCCCUAUUGGCUCUGACCUUGAAAGAUAUCCGGUCGGCAGAAACGUACAGCCUGCAACACGGCACGAUACUUUCUUCCGGGCAGAGGCUGGGCUUGAUGGGGAAGGGUGGUCGCUCUGCGCGAGGUGGUGGGAGGGGAGGGAGAGAGACUGGGGAGACAACGGACACGCUAAUCGGGAUCCUGUUUGACCUGUUGAUCAACUCAUCGGCCUCUUCCGCUUCGGCGGCCCGGCAAGUCCGCUUGCUCCUUGCCCGUCACCCCGCCCGGAUCCCGCUCCACUCCAGCCUCGAAAGACUCCCCGAAAAUUGGCCCCUCGAUCCUCUUCUUCUCGCCCCUUACCUUUCCCGCGCUAUCCGUAAAUCUUGUCAUCUAUCUCACGAAGCUACUAUCGUUAAGGCCAUCGCCCUCGGUAAUCAUAUUUCCCUCGCUGUCGCUUGCGAUGACCUCCUACUACUCCCCUCUCAAAAGGAUUGA